AUGUCUUCUCUUACUCAAGUUUCCCCGUCCCCUCCAUACCUCUUUAAGGACCCAGCUAUAGUUGAAGCCACUCUUAUGACUUUGCUUGCACGUGUUAAGAUACUCGAGGACAGAACAUCAUGCGAUUCAGCUGCCACGUCUACCAGUUCGAAGCAAGUCCUCCAUGCACAAAUUGAGCAUCAAUCUACGGAAAGUCUCUUGCCCAAUGAGAGAAUCUCCGUAGUUAAUUUGAUCCCCGAUGGAGAAAAGACAGCCGCCAUUAGUGUCUCUGAAGUCGAGAGCUUCGAAGAUGUUGGCUUGGCCAACACAAUCCUCGACGUCAUCACAUCUUACGGGGUCCGCGAGGAGCAAUCCCAAGGAAAGCCUUGCGAAGCAAGAAAGAAGUUUCUCCCCGUCGUUUUGGAAUGUCUCAAGGCGGAAGCCCCCAUCAAAUUAAUUCUCCCAGCUUUCCCGUUCAAAUCCCCCAACCGCUCUAACAAGGUUCUCGGUGCCCUUCCAGAUCUUGGGGAAGCUAUUGCGCUUGAAACCCUCCAAGGCCUCUGUGAUAAUAUCCAAGACAUAUACGAACAUGGUGCACAUUGCUACAUCACAUCUGAUGGUCUCGUUUAUAACGAUAUUCUUGGAGUCGACGAUCUGGACGUCUUGAACUACGGACAGGAGCUUCGUGAUAUGGCCAAGAGAAGAGGGCUUACGAGCCUCAAGUUCUUGCGGCUGGCAGACUUGCUUGCAAUGGCUCCUCACAGAUCGUCGGACACCCGCAGCAGGAAACUCUCAACUACUGAGAAACACGUGACAUGUAUCCGAAGAGAGUUCCUCGCUCGAUAUCUAUCCCCCGGAUUCGAUGCUAGUGUCGCCAUCAAGGAGGACAUUGACACACGGCUGACAUAUCAGGGCUACCUUCGAUUUCUGAAGAGGGAUCUGGAGGGCUGGGAAGAGCUGAGAUAUGAUGAGGCCAGAAAGCCUAUCAGUUCCAAGAAGUCGCAAAAGAUGAUUGGCGAUAUCGCUAAACGCAUGAUUGCUCGGGGUGCAGCUUUUGCUGCUGCCAUCAGAGAUUCUCGCAAUCUCCAAAUUCCCCGUCAAUUUGAUUCCACAACCUUCGGGCAAAUUUGGCGCGACCCCAUGGCACUCGACCAUUGCCCUGGUCUCGACGGCUCAUUCGAAACGGGCCACGCAGAGGACUUUGCCAACACUCAUGACCUGAUUUAUCUCCACGGGAGACCAUACUACUACCGCGAGAAGUCGGAGCUGUUUGACUGGGGUGACACCAAGGUCGAAUUCGAGCCUAUGUAUCCUUGUGGUCUUGUCAUCCGUCCUUCUGACGGUCCUCUAUCCGCGCGGCAUAUUCCCAUGGGAAAGGUCAAACAGCUGAGCAUUAAUCUAUCACCAAUAGUUCUACGUGGCUUCCAAGAUACUCUCGACGAAGACGUCUAUUUAGACAAAGCUCAUGAGGCUGGUAAGGUCCUUCCAUGGAGCUUUGGUAUCAUCCAGAAAGUCAAAGAUGCUGGCGACAACACCAAGCAGGGCAACAACGUGACUUCCAAUGAGGCCAUGCCCAUGCAUUUCGAUGGAAUGUUCAAGUUCGAGGAGAUUCAGGAUCCUGUUACUGGAGAAACUCACAGAGUCCAGAUUCCACCAGGAUUCCAAUUCUUCACCGCCCCUGUUGUUGCCCCCGAAGGCACGGGGUACACUCUCUUCGCCUCUUCACGGCUCUUCUUCAAGUACCUGCGUGCCCCAUACAGUGCCGAAAGAUUCGAAAAGAUUCGAUGGAACAUGGACAACGAUGGAUUUUGGAACGCCAAGAUGAAGGAUCUGCCCUUGGUGGUCCGUCACCCAGAAACGAAUGCGCCAUGUCUCCGUUGGCAUGAGCCAUGGGAUGAGACCAAGACCAAGUUCUCCACUUGCACGGUUACACUCAGCAACGACGAGGCGGAGAUUAUCGAUGUUAUCACGAAAUUGCUCUACGACAGGAGAGUUGUCCUGAGAUUUACUUGGCGAAAAGGAGACUGGCUUGUAAAUGACAACACAUCGAUGCUGCACACCAGGACAGGGUACACGAGUGGAUGUGAUAGAGAGCUGUGGAGGAUCCAUUUCGAUUAG